AUGCCUACAAGGGUCGGGAACAAGAGUGGAGUUAAAGGUGAAGGGUGCAUGCAUGGGAUGUCUUGUGUCGACUCGCCGGCGGAUUACGGCGGAGAUCGGUCGUUUCCGGUGGUGAAAAAGGUGGGUUUUAAGGAUGUUGAGAAGAGAGAGAAAGAAGAAAAGAGAUUUGAUUCUCAAAAUUCUGCUUCUGAAUCAUCGUCUAUAGGAAAAAACAGUGAUAUUUCUGAGAAAUCAUUGGAUAAUCUUGAUGAAGAGGUUCAGAGUUCAUAUAAAGGACCCUUGGACGCCAUGGAUGCCUUGGAGGAGGUUUUACCAAUAAGGAGGGGCAUUUCAAGAUUCUACAAUGGAAAAUCGAAGUCCUUCGCUAGUUUGGCAGAUGCUUCGUCGUCGUCUAUAAAAAAUCUCUCGAAACCCGAGAAUGCAUACACGAGGAAACGAAGAAACCUUCUCGUCUGUAGUAUUGCUAGCUGGGAUGUCAAGAAUAGAAGCUCCCUUUUGAGGAGUAACGGAGGUGGGAUUUCUAAGAGAAUGACAAACUCAAGUCGAACCACAUUGGCCUUGGCCGUUGCCAUGAGCAACUCCGGAAGUGACAAGCAUCCCACCGAAUGCAAUUCUUCCGGAUCAUCCUUGUCUUCUCCCCGGAAGGAUUUCCCGGUGUGGCGGUCCUUCUCAUUGGCUGAUUUGCAGGAGAGUGUGCAGCGUUUAACUGAGAAUGCAGAUUACUCGUCUUCAACUAUUAAUGGAGAUACUAAUCUGGAUGAUAGCACGAGAUCAGUGGAUGAGGAGCUGAGGAGGAUGCUGACGACCUUCUUAGUCGAUAAUGGUGUAUUGAGAAAACAGGUGAAUUCCACUAUUCUUUAUGCUCUUCAAUUGAAAAAAUCACUUGAGAGAAAGGUGAUUGCGAUCCUCCUUCAGAUGUAA